AUGGUCGAGUCCCCAGAGAGCGGCCGGCCUCCGCCCGAGGUGUGGCUAUCCAGCCCAGUCCUGGCUGGUCCUCUGGUCGGCUGCUGGGGGGUGCCCCGGCGCUGCUCACUCUCCGAUUGGACUGUCGGCGGGGUUCGCACACGACGAGAGACCCGUGGCCCAUCACACUCCCGUGCCAGGUGCCCUGGCUGGUGGCACCUCCAGCACUUGAUUGGUGACCGUGGAGACCGGGGCCGCGCAACAACCCGUGGCCAGUCGCACUCUCGCUCCAGAGCUACAAAAUGGCAUCAGUCUUCUCAGGACCAGGUUUCAUUCACAUGUCCAGUCUGUCUGGACCUGUUCAAGGAUCCAGUGACGAUUCCCUGUGGACAUAAUUUCUGUAUGCAGUGCAUCAAGGAAGAUUGGAAAGGAGAAUACAUCUGUCCCCUGUGCAGACACACCUUCUCCUCCAGGACUGUCCUCCAUAAAAACCGUCUGAUGGCUGAAAUGGUGGAGAAGUUUGUGAAGACCAGCAUCCAAACCCCUGCUUCAGAUCGCUGUUAUGCUGGACCUGGAGAUGUGGCGUGUGACGUCUGUACCAGCAGAAAACUCAAAGCUGUCAAGUCCUGUCUGGACUGUCUGAUGUCCUACUGUGACACUCAUUUAAAAGCUCACUAUGAACUUGUUGGUAGAAAUCACACCAUGACCGAAGCCCCAGUCCAGCUAAAGGAGAGGAUCUGUCCCCGUCAUCAGAAGGCUUUUGAAAUAUUCUGUCGCACCGACCAGAGUUGCAUCUGUGUUUUGUGUACGAUGGACGAUCACAAAGGCCAUGACACGACCAUGGCUGCAGCAGAGUGGAGUCAUAAAAAGGAGGGGUUGGGGCAGAGCCAGAAGAGAUGCCAGCAGAUGAUCCAGUUGAAGGAGAAAGAGCUGCAAAAACUGAAGAAGGCUGUGGAGACUCUUAAGUCUGGUGCACAGACAGCAGUAAAGAAGAGUGAAAAGAUGUUUACUGAGAUGAUCCACUGCAUCGAGAGAAGGCGCUCUGAGAAUAUGCAGGACAUGGUGCCCAUUUCUGGUGAUGCACGCAGUGAUACAGUAGCCAGAAGGACCUUGAACCAAAGCCGCUUCUUUGUGCCCCUGAAGAAAUCUCUGUCUGCACUGCAGAUGCAGCUGGAGGAGAAAUUGGAUUCAAUCUUCAAAUAG